AUGGCGUCGUCGCUGGGCGGACUGGUGAUACCGGAUCACCAUGCGCCGGCCGCCAUGUCCGGUAGCUUUCUGGCGCACAACCUCUCCAUGCCGCCGGGUGGUGGUGUAGUUGGGCCGGGCAGUAUUGGCGGUAUGCCGGUGGGAGGAGCGGUCGGCUACGCACCGUUUUCGGUGAACGAAGCGAUGCUGAUGGCGGCGGCAGCGGCCAGUAGCGGCGUCGGCGGCAGCGUUGGCCCACUCGGCGGUGGCAACAGCUUGGGCGUGAUCGGUGGUCCGAUUGGUGUCGGGUCGGUUUCUACGGUCGGACCUGCGUCACUCGUCGUCGGUGGAUCAGCAGCAGCAGCCGUUAGUGUCGGUGGUGUUAGCAGUCAUCAUCUCAUCGGCGGCACCGGAAGUAGCAUUAGCAACAGUAGUAGUAGUAGUAGUAGCACCAAUGGAGGAGCUGGAGGAGGCGCAGGACUAGCAGGGCCGUUAGGGAGUGGGACUGUUGGUGCGGGGUCCGGCUCGGCCAGCGGUGGUAGCAGUGUAGGUUCGGGCGGAAGCGGUAUAGUUAGCAGUAGUAGUGCGAAAGGACACGGUCGGGGGCCACCGGGCGCUCCGAGCGAUCGGGACGAAUCAUCACCUAUGGUUGGUGUUUGCGUGCAGCCGAGUCCAGUUAUCAUUCACUGACACUGAACACAGACAGACACAUAGCCCACAAGUGCAUACCUUUUUUUUGUUGUUGCUUGCAUAAACUUUGCAAAACAUACAUAGCUGGGAGGGGGAAAUCGAUGGAAGGAUACAAGAUACGUGCUCCCCCCCCCCCUUCCCCUUUAACACACACGUUUGCUUAUCACAGGAUGCUAGUAGAGCGCAGCUGAAUCUGAAUCCGUUUACAUCGCGUAUCACCUUCACUCGACUCAAACCAUGCCACGUUCCAUCUUCAUACUCAUCAGCAUUUGCCAGCCUGUAAACAGAUGGGAGGAUGUUCUUUUUCUUCAACAGCACAAAAUACCACUUUGCAAAGCACCGCCUGUCCUGCGUGGGCAGCGGUCCAAUCACGUCCAGGCGCGCAAUCAUCAUCAAACAAGCUUCAUUUAAUCAAUCCAUUGGUAGUGAGGAAAAGGGUGCGCAAUUUUGUGCGACUGUGGUGCAAUGGGUCCGAUCCACCAAUACAAUACAGCGUCGUAGACUAGUGCGUUGCGGGAAGCUUUCGGGCCAUUUUCGGUCCAGUUUCCAGCCUCCCUCUGGGGUAGCUGCUGUUGUUCCUUUACUGGCUUUGCUUUGUCUCCCAACCGAAUAUAUGGGGUGCGGCCGCGAAUUGAUGCCAAACACAGAUGAGCCAGGUUCAGCCAGCUGUGCGCCGCUAAUUUUUGUAGGACGGCGUAGAAGGAUGUAGACACGUGCAGGCAGCCAGGGGAGCGGAGGUGUUUCGUUUUAACACAGGCAAAGAAAUGGCGAGGCGUUACACAAAUAAGAUAAACAGUUUUUUGCUAAUGGUACUGCCACGGUAACAAUCGGUUUUGGAGCAACAGGCGACAAUGUACACAUACAUCCUUGUAGGGAGGGACAGAUGAUAACAUCUGCUCGUUUUUUUAAGCGCUUAAACCAUGUGUGGUUAGGGAGAGAGCGAGCGAGAGAGAGAGAGAGAAAGAUAGAGAACCGCGGUGUGCACGGUCUCUUGUGCGGUCGUUCGUUUGCGGCGUGAUGAUGCCCGCGCCAAACAGUCCAAAACGGUAAUGAUGUGUUCCGAAAGGUUUAAUGAAUUCCUAUUACUACCAAUCUCUGUGUUCUCCGACAGGAAGUGAGCAGGAAGCUGUGCGUAUGUGUGUGUGUGCGUGUGUGUGCGUAUGCAUGUGUGUAUGUAUGUAUGUGGUAUGCAAUUCUCCGUGGGUUGAGGGGGAAACCGAAACUAGUGAAAUAAGAGCGUGAAAGGUUUUAAUGAUGAUGAUGAUGAUGAUGAUGAUGAUGAUGGCGCAACAUGCAUGCUCCGCUCGUAAACAGCAACGGUGUACCGGUGUGUGAACUCGGCAUUCUCGCGUAGUUGUGUGUAUUUUUGUCUCACCACUGCAGUAAUGCAAAUUCAUUUCGAUUUCAAACCCUUAUUGGGCUUCGGAAAGAGCAACAUACUAUUAUUUUAUCGGUAGAUCAGAAUUGUUUUACAUAUUCACGGCCACGGACGGAGCGAAUCGCUUAGUAGCAGAAUUGAAAUAAUUUACGGAAUUGUGAAUAGUAUACGGUUCGGUUUUAGGGACUGCUAUCCGAGCUGCAAGCGUGCAGCACUAACGGGCCUAGCUGCUUGUCCAUAUUGGGCUUCAGCGGUGUGGUUUUGUGAAGGAAAAUUUAUUUUUUAGUGAGAAUGUUGGUCGUGACGUUCAUUUAGAAUGAAGCUUACAUUUGAAUGUGGCUUAAACAAGAUGGAAUUGGUUUGAUGAAUAAAACAUUUUGCAACUUGAACUUCACGACGAACCUGUUGCUGCUCUGGAAGGGCGCACAUAAAUCUUAACAAUUGUUUUUUUUUCAUCUCGUUUUAUCCUUGGAUCGAGAGCUUGGAUGUGUUGCCAUGCUUCGCCAAAAUAAAACUCGUCGUCAUUGGGACUGGAUGAAUGCUAACCGAUCCCGGUGACUACCGGUUGUCGUCUGUUGUGAGCGGCUGGGCAGUGUGAGGCGGACGGGGGCUGUUUAGUAAAAGUGGGUGGGCUUAGGACAAGUAAGCAGCGUAAGGUUAGAAAAUUGGGAAACUUUAAAAUGCGUUUAUGGGCGGAUAGUUUUUGUCACGAUGUUUUUUUCUUCUUCUUCUUCCUGUUUCCCUGCGGCGAUCAUACAUUGAUAAUGGAAGGGAACGCGCGUUAGAAAUCCUACGAGAAAGGAAGGGGAACUGUUUGCGGCAAAAACAGAGCCGGCGGAAGGCAAAACGUCUGUUUUUUUUUGCACGCACGGAAGGGUUUGUUGGCAUCGGUGGCGGAAAGGCGGAUGAAGCAAAUGCAGGAACGCGGUGUAAAGCAUGGGAGGAACAUGAAUGUACAUAUUAACUGAUUAGCACUAAUGAUAAAUAUCAAUAAUUAAUAUAGUAAUAUUAUUAAACGAAGAAGCAGAAGACGGCAACAAAACAAGGAAACCAACACAAAAAAAACACAAAACACGGAUUGUAAAUGAAUGGCGUGUGCGGAAUAAGUCAAAAAAUGGACGGUUAGAUUUGCAAUUUGCUAAGCUGCAGCAGCUGCACCGGCAAAUCGCGAAAGGUGUAGGUUAAUAGGUAUAAUAUGUACCGAAAUCCAACACACACACAUACACACAAACACACACAUACAAACCAACAUAUACAUACAUACGCAUACAGUACGUUUAAGUAAGAAAAUGGUGAAAAGAAACAAAAAAAAAGAAUUACUAUACCGUAAGUGAAAAGAAAUAGAUCAAAUAACUAAAGAAAGUAAAUUAAUUAAAUUAAUUAUACUAAAACAAACGGAAAGGAAAGGACGAAAGACAACGGCACGAGAAUAGAAAAAGGGAGGAGAAAGCAAAGCAACAAAAACACACACACACACACACAUCCGUAAAUGCAAACCAACACAGCAUGGCGCAAUGAAGAGGAAAUAAAUGUGCAAAACGAACGAAGAAGGUCGAAAAGUAAUAAGAAAUAAAAAAAAGAAAGAAGCAAAUUGGCACCUAUUUGGAAAGGUGGGGUGAAAAAAAGCUACACAAAAAGAGACAAGACAAAAUGGCAACACACCUCGUACACAUGCACAGAGAUACACAACCACCACCACCACCAAGAGACACAUAUGUAGAAGAGAACACAACAAAAUACACGGCAUAGUGUGCAAAAGAAAUGGUGGUAAAGAAUAGAAAGUAAAGCUUAGUGCGCCGAAUUACAAACGCUAAUGAACAAUGUGGAAGAGAAAGAAGAAAACAUUACAAUACACACACACAUACCAGCGGCCGAUGAGAACAAAACAACAAUGGGCAACAGAAUGUUUGCAACGGGGGAAAAAGAUCAACAGGAAGUAGUAGCAGUUGUGUUAUCUCACUCCGCCCCUCUCCCCUUCCACCCCCCCCCCCUUUCCCUUUUCCGAAUCUAUAUUCUGGUGUACGAGCAGCGUGUUUGUAUGGCGGUUGUGCAGUGUGUGUGUGUGUGUAUCAUUUUUUAUAAGCUAUGAUAAAUAUAGCGCUUUACUCUGUACCCUCUGUGUAAAGAAAUGCAAUCUACCCUAACAAAAAAACAAAAAUCCUUAUAAUAGUGGAAUGCUAAAGGAAACAGCAAACAAAAGAGGGAGAGAGAGGCAAGCAAACAGACAAGCAUUGGAAAUAAGAUACAUUGCGUGUGAAACUAAUAAGACCUAAUUGGCAGCGAAAGCAGAGCGUGAACAGUGAGUUCGAAAAAGAGAGAAAGAGAGAGAGAGAGAGAGAGAGAGAGAGAGAGAGAGAGAAAAAAUAGAACAUGAUUACUAAAGAUACAAAACAAAGCAAAUUCACACAUUUUCGCCUGGCGAUAAUCCGAAUCAUUUGAGUUUCGUUCGGCCUUUCUCUUCCGUUCGGCGUUUUGCGUACUAAAAACGAGAGUAAAAUAGACAGAGAAACACGUGGACGCAGCCGCCGCGUUGUGUGGGUUUCGCGAUUCGCUUCGAAUAUGGUGGAAUUCAUGUUCCGUGUCGUUUCCAUGUGCCGGCUGGCUAUUAUGUGUGCUGCUGUACUGUUACAUGCAUUCGCGUGCGUUUCUGCAAACGGUAACUGCACGCGACUGCAAAAUUGUGUGCUGCAAUGGAAAGAAACGUGUCGGCUAAAUAGAAGAUACAGUUGGCGUCCAGGAUUUCUUCAGGAACAACAAACACAGCUGGUAGAGAAAGCAUCUUGCGCGUUGCAACAUUUUUAAAACCAACGGAAACAUUUCUACGCAAAAUACCACGCGCGGUGAAGAUGUUGCGUGCAUCUCAGCGCAGAUCUAUUGGCGCGCGCGCAUAACAGCGCAGAAAGUGAACGCAUUUUGGGUAUGUUUUUGAGGGAGAAAGCAUCGUACAGCAAGGUACGUUUGAGUGCGUUGGUGAAUGAUCAUGGCAGAAUUAUAGCGAUUGGAAAGGGUGGCCAUUAACUCGGCUAGUUGAAAAUCAGUUUGAUCAUGGUUUUGGCGACCGAAGAGCAAUUGCCACCCUCCUAGAUAGAGGUGCGCACGUGGCGUGUUGAUGCAAUGCAAUAAUAUUAAGGAUUUACCUUUCCCCUACACCAACACUGGUGGUGCGAUCGGUACACUGGGGUGGCGGUGUAUGUCUGUGCUCCUUUUCUUUUAAUUUUUUUAUACAAAACCGUUUGUAAAACAAAACAAAACAAAAAUUGCCACCGGAGAAAGUCAUUGGAAAUAUAAGACGUGCAAAAAAGAACGGUUGACUGCUUAAGGUUAGAAAGAAAUAAACACAAAACA